UGGGUUCAGUCCGCGCGCACGGCACACACACUGCCAUCUCUCAGCGCGAGCGGAGCGCGGCAAUUUAAUGACGACAUAAUCUGAUGAAGUAGCAGCAAUCGGGGAAAAAAGUGGAUCUUCAUGCGCACAUCCCCGGGAAUAUUCCAGCUGGCUUCAGGAUGAAGACACCGAUGCGCCAUGGAGUAGCCGUGUUUCUCGCGAUCACCAUGUGCACCAGUCUGUUGUUCGUGUACAGCGUCGGCUACAAUAAUACUACAGCGUCCGGCUCGUCUAAGGGCGCGUCAGGUGAAAAAGUGGAGCCCACCAGUGCGCCCCGCGCGCUUCCAGCACUGCAGGGAUACAGCAGCAUCAUUGAGCACAAGCCUCUAAAGAUGCACUGCGGGAGCUGCGCGCUGGUCACCAGCUCGGGUCAUCUAACCGGUGGGGGUCGCGGAAAAGAGAUCGAUCAGGCGGAGUGCGUCAUUCGAAUGAAUGACGCGCCCACGGCCCGUGGCUACGGGGUGGACGUGGGUCACCGCACGAGCCUGAGGGUCAUCGCUCAUUCCAGCAUGCAGAGAGUUCUGCGCAGCCGCCACGAACUCCUCAACUCCAGUCAGGACACGGUCUUCAUCUUCUGGGGACCCAGCAGUUAUAUGAGAAGGGAUGGGAAAGGCCUGGUUUAUAACAACCUGCGGCUUAUGAACCAAGUGCUGCCUAAACUCAAGGUCUAUAUCAUCUCCUGGCAGAAAAUGCUCCAGUUUGAUGACCUAUUCAAGAGAGAGACCGGCAAAGACAGGAGAAUCUCUAACUCGUGGUUAAGCACAGGCUGGUUCACAAUGACGAUUGCCUUAGAGCUCUGUGACAGAAUCAAUGUAUACGGCAUGGUGCCUCCGGAUUUCUGUAGGGAGUCUCAGCACCCCUCCGUCCCAUAUCACUACUACGAACCGACGAGUCCGGACGAAUGUGCCAUGUACAUCUCCCACGGCGAAGCGGCCAGAGGCAGCCACCAUCGCUUCAUCACAGAGAAGCGGGUCUUUGCCAGCUGGGCUCGGACGCUCAACAUCCAUUUCUACCAGCCGGACUGGAGUCCGCCGCCGUUACCGAGAAAUAGCACGGCAACCGCAGCCUCUCCCCGAUCUCAGAAGACGUGACUCUCGCCAGAGCCUUCAAAGAUCUCCA